GCUGAAAAGAUUCAAACUGACUACAGAAGCAGAAGAGGAUUUUUGCAUGCAGAAAUGCCACAUUGGCUAGAAAACUGUAGAAAGCAGAGUCCUGUGAGUUAUUUCAACGGUGAGAAAAAGAGAAGAAACAAAAUGCAGAAUUGAGAUAACAAGAGAAUUAAGUGCAAAAAUACAAACAGAACCAAAGGAAGUCUACAGGAAAAGAGAGACAGCGAAGUGAUACCAAGCUGUGAACAAAACACUGUGCCAAGAUGGAAGUCUACACUGUGACAAUAGCAACUGGUACCUCAGAGUAUUCAGGCACCAACAACUACAUCUUUGUGACCCUGGUGGGGGAGAAAGGGGAGAGUGAGCGCACCCUGCUGGACAACCCUGGACUGGAUUUCUGUCGAGGAGCAGUGGAUCAGUACAAGGUGACCAGCCCUUCACCUUUAGGUUCAGUGUUAUUGGUCAGACUGGAAAAACAGAAGUACUGGGUGGAAGAUAACUGGUUCUGUCAGUAUGUCAAAGUGGAGCCCCCAAGUGGAGACAAAGUGCUGAUUUUCCCUUGUUACAGAUGGCUUAUAGGAGACGUCACGGUUGACUUAAGAGAGGGAACAGCAAAGACACAGAUGGAUGACUCUUUACCUCAGCUGCUGGCCCACAGGAAGACAGAGCUGCAGGAGAGACAGAAGACUUACAGAUGGGUAACAUGGGCUCCAGGGAUCCCCAGAUGUAUUGAAGCCAAAACAGAAGCAGAUUUGCCCCAAGAUGCCCGCUUUGACAAUGAGAAGAGGAGCGACUUUGAACAUUCUUUACAAUAUGCCUUGCUGGAGUUGUCUCUGAAGAAGCUAGCAAUCAGGUUUGGGAAGUCUUGGAAUGACCUGGAUGAUUUCAAACGGAUCUUUUGGAAGCUGCGAAGCCCCAUAGCUGAGUAUUGUAUGGAGCACUGGAAGGAGGACUGGUUCUUUGGUUACCAGUGUCUGAAUGGCUCCAACCCAAGAAUGAUCCGGAGGUGCAUGAAGCUCCCAGAAAACUUAGCUGUCACACCAGACAUGGUGCAGAGCUCCAUGGCUGCAGGAACCAACCUGGACAAAGAACUUAAGGCAGGGAAUAUAUACUUGCUAGACUAUGCCAUUUUGGAUGGGAUUCCUUCCAACACGAUCGAGGGUAAACCUCAGUACAUCGCUGCUCCACUCUGUCUCUUGUACCAACAUCCAAAUGAAGGACUUAUACCUAUUGCUAUACAGCUUGAGCAGACUCCAGGUCUGGACACCCCUAUUUUUUUGCCCAGAGACCCACCUCUGGCUUGGCUGUUGGCUAAAAUGUGGGUGCGUCACGCUGAAUUCCAGGUGUUCCAGCUGCUGUCUCACCUACUGAGGACCCAUCUCGUGGUAGAGGUGUUUUGUGUGGCUACUCUGAGACAGCUGCCUGCUGUACACCCUAUAUAUAAACUCCUGGCCCCUCAUCUGCGCUACACUCUAGAGAUCAACUGUAGAGGGCGUACGCAGCUCAUCUCUGCUAAUGGCAUCUUCAAACGGGUUGUGUCCACAGGGGGCGAUGGCCUGUUGAUUCUGGCCCAGAGGGAGUACAAGGUGCUCACCUAUCACUCCCUUAAGCCCCACACUGAUUUCACUGACAGAGGAGUGUCCCAGCUGCCAAACUAUUUCUACAGACAACACAGUCUGAUGCUGUGGGAGGCCAUACACAGUUUUGUCUCUGGUAUGGUGAGUCUGUACUACCAGUCAGAUCAUGAUGUGCAGGGGGACCUGGAGCUCCAAGCUUGGAUCAGAGACAUAUCACAGGAAGGCUUCACAGAGUGUCCCAACUUUGGUCUGUCCAGUAAGCUAAGCAGCAGAGAGGAACUCUCCACUCUGCUGGCAGUGGCCAUCUUCACCAGCACAGUCCAGCAUGCUGCAACUAAUAACGGACAGUUUGACUGGUGUGCCUGGGUUCCCAACACUCCCUGCACCAUGAGACUCCCCCCACCAACAGAGAAAGAUCUUGUUACUAUGGAGAUGAUCAUGGCCAGCCUUCCUGAUGUCAGUCAAUCCUGUGUGCAAAUGGCUAUCACAUGGCAUCUGGGACGAGCACAACCAGACGCAAUUCCUAUGGGCCAGUACACUGAGGACCACUUCACUGAGGAGCAAGCUCUGGAGCUGAUUGAGAGGUUCAGAAUGGAACUGAAGGAGAUCGAGGGCCACAUCCUGAGUCAGAAUGAAGGACUGCAGCUGCAGUACCUUGUCCUCCUGCCCAGCCGCAUAGAAAACAGCAUCACUAUAUAGAAAUACAGACUGUUUCUUGCAGGACCACUCUGUCUGGUGCAGACCUGACACUUCUGAGAUUUGUUGUUACUUUCACAUCAAAUUAUUUUUUACGUUGAUCUUCGGAGAGGGCUGGUGAGGGCUCAGGGCCUUGGUGGUUACCACCGUCGCCUUGCAGCUAGAAGAUCCCCAGUUCGCGUCCCCACCUUCUCGCGAUCUUUCUACAUGGACUUUGCAUGUUCUCCCUGUGCAUGCGUGGGUUUUCUCUGGCUUCCUCCCACAGUCCAAAAACAUACUCAAGUUAAUUGGUGAUUCUAAAUUGUCUGUAGGUGUCUCUAUAUGUACGCCCAGUGAUAGACUGGUGACCUGUCCAGGUGUCUCCUGCCUUCACCUGAAGUCAGCUGGGAUAGACUCGUCUCCCCACGACCCUAAUGUACAUUUUCGACAUAGACCUGAGUUGGACUAGGAAGCCAGAUACUACACACAUUAUAGCUAGUAUAUUAACCCUGGGCUGAUUUAAUUCUUUAAGUAUUUAGCAACACUGACUUUUCUGCUAUGGGAUGUGAGGAUGUUUUAUCAGUGUUAGAGGUAUGGGUUUGGACUCCAAUUCACUAAUUAGUUUCCUUGCAAUUUCCAAUGAAUGAUGCAGAUUCUCAACUGAGGGAAUAUGUUAAUAUCUCCAAACCUAUAUUCUAUUAAUUUUUUUUUUUGUUAAAUUGUAUUUAUAUAGCGCCAAUUCACAAACUAUGUAAUUUCAUGGCACUUCACAUAUUUUAAACAUGGAACAGAGAACCCAACAAUCCAAAGCUGCCUUUGGAUUCCUUAUGAGCAAGCAGUCGGCAACAGUAGGAAGGAAACAAAAAAAAUCUUUAACAGGGAGGGAAAAAAGCCCUCAUCAGUACAAAAACCAGAGAAAAUGAGUAAGUGAACCAGUACAGGGGCUCACAGUUGCCAUGAUGAUGUCCAUCAAAUGCUCAGAAUCAGCAGCUGAAGUGCAGUCAGUUGAGAUUAGAACAAAGACUAACUUCAGUUUGAAACACUGUACAGACAGACGGAACCAAGCUGAAAGAAAUGAAUAAUUUAAUUGAAGGACUAGCCUUCCAAACACAAUUGGAUACUGGCAAAAAUCAGAGAUACAUCCACUUGUAAAGCACAGCAGUAUGCAAGAACAAAUCAACACAAUAAUCCACAACUUUUAAAUGUUUAAACAAGACUACUCAUUCACUGAGCUCCAGUGGGUAGUUAGUACUACCACAAUCAAAUAAUUCAAGCACUUGUGAUUAGAGGUAGAAUUAACUUAGUCUUAAAAACAUUAAACAUUGAUCUGUUUCCACACAGCGUCCCUUUUUUUUCUGACGAGGACAUUUAAACCCUGCAGCAUAAGUCAGUGAUCAGAGAACAGGCGAGUCAAAACUCAUCUCUCUAUUCGAGCACCGCUGGGAGCUCUUCAGUCCAGCAGAUGGCACUACUGCACCAGAUACUCCUGUAAAAACACAAGAGUACAGAUGAAAGGUGGUAAUUGAACCAAUCUGAUUAAACAAUAAAUAUUACACUGA